CUCACUUUCACAGAAGAAGAGCAAGAUGAUUCAACAGGUUUCGGUGCUGCUUCCGGCCAUCGCCGUCUGCCUUGCCAUUGUACAGGCUUAUCCAGAAUUGUCAGGCAACUCCGCUUCCCCCUACUCCUUCGGCUACGCGUCGUCCGAAAGCGCUCGCCAGGAGUCCUCCGAUGCGUCCGGCAAGGUGACCGGAUCCUACAGGGUCACCAACGAGGAUGGGUCCGUCCGAGUCGUCAACUACGUCGCAGACGACCAGGGUUUCCGGGCAGAGGUGGAAACGGACGAGGCGGGAACCACUGACGACCAGCCGGCCGAUGUGGUCGUCAGAUCGACCGCAGCCUCGCCCAAGAGAUUCGACGGCUCCAUGGUGGAACGACAAAUGGAACAGUUCACUUUCAUCAUCCAAAAUCCGUUCCGAGUCGUCAUCCAAAUUAAUUGA